UUUCUGGCAACGCUUCUAGCACCGCGUGGUGUUAUUGCUUUGCACAUUUCAUUUAUUUUCCGUUUAAUUGGCUUGGAAAAUAAAUAAAUUUCUACAAAAAUGAGUUUGUACAAUUUUAAAAAGAUAAUGGUGGUUCCGCCAGCAAAGGACUUUAUUGACAUUAUGCUGUCAAAGACCCAGCGGAAGACGCCAACAGUUGUCCACAAGGGUUAUAAAAUCUCCAGAAUUCGGGCCUUUUACACCCGCAAGGUGAAAUACACACAACAGAAUUUUCACGAUCGUCUGUCCCAGAUUAUUCAGGAUUUCCCCAAAUUGGACGAUGUGCAUCCAUUUUACGCAGAUUUGAUGAAUGUUUUGUACGACAAGGAUCAUUACAAAUUGGCUUUGGGUCAAUUAAACACAGCUAGGCAUUUAGUGGACAACGUUGCCAAGGACUAUGUGCGUCUACUGAAGUAUGGUGACUCUUUGUAUCGUUGCAAGCAAUUGAAGAAGGCCGCUCUGGGUCGCAUGGCCACCAUAUUGAAGCGUCAGGCUUCAAAUUUGACAUACCUCGAGCAAGUGCGUCAGCACUUAUCCCGUCUGCCGACAAUCGAUCCCUAUUCUCGUACCAUUAUUAUCUGCGGUUUUCCCAAUGUUGGCAAAUCCUCUUUUAUCAACAAAAUCACAAGAGCUGAUGUCGAGGUCCAGCCCUAUGCCUUCACAACUAAAUCCCUGUAUGUGGGACACACAGACUACAAAUAUCUGCGUUGGCAGGUAAUCGACACACCUGGUAUUCUGGAUCAUCCACUGGAGGAACGUAAUGUCAUUGAGAUGCAAGCCAUUACAGCUUUAGCCCAUCUAAGAGCAUGUGUCCUGUAUUUCAUGGACAUUUCGGAGCAGUGUGGACAUUCGCUGGAAGAGCAAGUAAAACUUUUUGAGAGCAUCAAGCCUCUGUUUACCAAUAAACCCCUGAUUUUGGCUAUAAAUAAGAUCGAUAUUCUAACGCCUGAAGAUUUACCCAAGGAGCGACAGGAGAUCAUAACAAAACUUCAAGAGGAUAAAUCUGUGCCUGUAAUGUUUAUGUCCACAGUACAAGAAUCUGGUGUGAUGGAGGUCAAGACCGAAGCCUGCGAGCGUUUGCUAUCUUAUCGCGUCGACCAGAAAAUGCGCACCAAGAAGGUGGACAACAUUUUGAAUCGUCUGCAUGUGGCCAUGCCGGCACCAAGAGACGAAAAGAUUCGUGCUCCUUGCAUACCUGAACAGGCUUUGGCUCGUCUGGAGCAAAAUGCUGCCAAGGCAGAGCGUAAACAUAAGCUUGAGAAGGAAAUUGAAGAGGAAAUGGGCGAUGAUUACACUCUGGAUCUGAAGAAGAACUACAGUGAAAUACCUGAAGAGGAGCGCUAUGAUGUGAUUCCAGAAUUCUGGGAAGGACGCAACAUUGCCGACUACAUCGAUGCCGAUAUCUUUGAGAAGCUGGAAGAACUCGAACGUGAAGAGGGUCUGCGCGAGUCUGGUGGUGUCUACACCGUGCCCGACAUGUCCAUGGAUGAGACUCUCAAGGAGAUUCGUGAAAUGGCCAAACAGAUACGUGGCAAACGUUUCGAGCUGCGUGAUGAGAAGCGUUUGUCAUCGAGAAAGAACAAACCUAUCAUUCCGCGUCACAAGCAACCCAAGGUACGGGAUCGUUCAGUCUCGAAACUGGUGGACACAAUGGAGGGUCUCGGUGUCGAUAUGUCUGGCAGCAAGACAGCCAAUUUCAACAAAUCUGUGGUGGAUCUGCGACGUGGUGUUGUAGCAGUCGGUGGAAAGACCACAUUAAAGAAACCUCUGCUCGACAAGGAAUCCUCGGCUAUUGUUAAGAAAACUGGACAACCUCUUAAACGGGCUCCGGCACGUGAUACACUUGGUAUCAAGAAUGUGGCGAUACGUAAGAAGGCCCACGAUAUGGCCAAACGUGAUAUUGCCAAGAAGGUCACGCGCAUGGGUCUCAAGGGUGAGGCGGAUCGUUUCAUUGGCACCAAAAUGCCAAAACAUUUGUAUUCCGGCAAACGAGGCACUGGCAAAACGGAUCGUCGUUAAGAAUUCUUUUAUUACUCUUACAAUUAGUUGUACAAACUCUGAAUGUAUCUACCACAAUUUAACACUAAAAUACAAACAAUUUUGUAUUCAUGAAAA